AUGGCAGACCUGCCGGCGAGUCGAUUCGACAUGACGAAGCCGUUUGCAUGCGUCGGACUCGACUUCUGUGGGCCGCUGACGGUUCGCAAGUUUCGCAAGACUGAGAAACGAUACAUCCUGCUGAUCACGUGCCUCGCGACUCGGGCCUUGCAUCUGGAACUCGUCAGCUCCAUGGACACAGACGGCUUUCUCAUGGCGUUUAGGCGCUUCGUCGCCCGCCGCGGACGGCCACGUGUCGUCUGGUCUGAUAACGGAUCCAACCUAGUGGCAGGAGAGAAGGAGCUCAAGGUCUGUUUGGAUGAAUGGAACCAGGAGAAGAUCGUCGAUGAACUCAGCCAAAGACAGAUUGACUGGCGGUUCAACCCACCUAACGCAAGCCACAAGGGAGGAGUGUGGGAGCGACUAGUAUCCUCGGUCAAGCGUGCUCUGCGGGUCGUGCUCGGAAACCAGUGCGUCUCAGAAGAAGUGUUGUGUACUGUACUGACGGAGAUUGAGUUUGUACUCAAUAGCCGUCCGCUGACCUAUGUCAGCACGGACAUUGGUGACCCGGAGCCCCUCACUCCGAACCACUUCGUCUUGGGCUACCCGGAGGCCGCCUUCCCGCCUGGCAUCUUCGCUGAAAGCUCUCCGGUUCCGGCUCUUCCGCCUCCCGCCAGCUCGCCUCUGCCGUCCGCCGUCGGCCCGAUGGCUCCUGCUCCUCCGUCGUCCGUCAGCUUCCGGCUCGCCUCCACUGCCGUCGGCCCGCUCGGACCGUCCGACUCCUCCGUCGUCUGCCGGCCCGUCUCCUCUGUCUCCGCCGCCGUCUGCCGACUCGACAGCUCCGUCUCCUCUGUCGUCUGA